UCAUCGCCUCUCGUUUUGGUUACUACUGUAUAAAGAGAAGCUUUCGGCUGCUUUGCACCUCUCUUCUCUCUCUCUCGCUCACUAGUCUUCAUCUUUCUCGUUAAGAGAUUUUGGAGGUGACAACAAAAGUUUUACAAAAUGGUGAAGUUUACAGCUGAUGAGCUCCGACGGAUUAUGGACUACAAACACAACAUCCGUAAUAUGUCCGUUAUUGCUCAUGUUGACCACGGGAAAUCCACUCUCACUGAUUCCUUGGUUGCUGCUGCUGGUAUCAUUGCCCAAGAGGUUGCUGGUGAUGUUCGUAUGACUGAUACCAGAGCUGAUGAGGCAGAACGUGGUAUCACUAUCAAGUCCACUGGUAUUUCUCUCUACUACGAGAUGACUGAUGCUUCUUUGAAGAGUUUCACUGGAGCCAGAGACGGAAACGAAUACCUCAUCAACCUUAUCGAUUCACCUGGACAUGUUGACUUUUCUUCUGAGGUUACUGCUGCUCUCCGUAUUACUGAUGGUGCUCUUGUCGUGGUCGACUGCAUUGAGGGUGUGUGUGUUCAGACUGAGACUGUUCUACGUCAGGCUCUUGGUGAGAGGAUUCGACCUGUCUUGACUGUCAACAAAAUGGACAGAUGUUUCCUUGAGCUUCAAGUUGAUGGUGAGGAGGCUUACCAGACUUUCUCGAGGGUCAUUGAGAAUGCAAACGUCAUCAUGGCUACGUACGAGGAUCCUCUCCUUGGUGAUGUUCAGGUUUAUCCAGAGAAGGGUACUGUUGCGUUUUCUGCUGGUCUCCACGGUUGGGCGUUUACACUUACCAACUUUGCCAAGAUGUAUGCUUCCAAGUUCGGUGUUGAUGAAUCUAAGAUGAUGGAGAGACUCUGGGGUGAGAAUUUCUUUGACCCUGCCACCAGGAAAUGGACUAGCAAAAACACUGGUACCGCGACCUGCAAGCGUGGGUUUGUCCAGUUCUGCUAUGAACCCAUCAAGCAAAUCAUUGCCACUUGCAUGAAUGACCAGAAGGACAAGUUGUGGCCUAUGUUGGCCAAGCUUGGUGUCCAGAUGAAGAACGAUGAGAAGGAACUGUUGGCUAAACCUUUGAUGAAGCGUGUUAUGCAGACGUGGCUCCCUGCAAGUACUGCACUACUUGAGAUGAUGAUCUUUCAUUUGCCAUCUCCCCACACUGCCCAGAGGUACCGUGUUGAGAAUCUGUAUGAAGGUCCCCUUGAUGAUAAGUAUGCAAAUGCCAUCAGGAACUGUGACCCCAAUGGUCCUCUCAUGCUGUACGUGUCUAAGAUGAUUCCUGCUUCUGACAAGGGUAGGUUCUUUGCCUUUGGUCGUGUCUUUGCUGGUAGGGUUGCUACUGGUAUGAAGGUCAGAAUCAUGGGUCCCAACUUUGUUCCUGGUGAGAAGAAGGAUCUGUAUGUUAAGAGUGUUCAGAGGACUGUUAUUUGGAUGGGUAAGAGGCAAGAGACUGUGGACGAUGUUCCUUGUGGUAACACUGUUGCUAUGGUUGGGCUGGAUCAGUUCAUCACAAAGAAUGCUACAUUGACUAAUGAGAAUGAAGUUGAUGCUCAUCCCAUUCGCGCCAUGAAGUUUUCUGUGUCUCCUGUUGUUCGUGUCGCUGUUCAGUGUAAGGUUGCAUCUGAUCUUCCUAAGCUUGUUGAGGGUCUCAAGAGGCUGGCCAAGUCUGAUCCUAUGGUUGUGUGCUCAAUGGAAGAGUCAGGGCAGCACAUUGUCGCUGGUGCAGGAGAACUCCAUAUUGAGAUUUGUUUGAAGGAUCUCCAGGAUGAUUUCAUGGGUGGUGCAGAAAUUAUCAAGUCAGACCCUGUGGUCUCUUUCCGUGAGACAGUAUGCGAUAGAUCUUCACGCACGGUAAUGAGUAAGUCUCCUAACAAGCACAACCGUCUGUACAUGGAAGCAAGACCCAUGGAGGAAGGUCUAGCUGAGGCUAUUGAUGAGGGACGUAUUGGUCCAAGGGAUGACCCUAAGACCAGGUCCAAGAUCUUGGCGGAGGAGUUUGGAUGGGACAAGGAUCUUGCAAAGAAAAUCUGGGCGUUUGGACCUGAAACCACAGGGCCUAACAUGGUGGUUGAUAUGUGUAAGGGAGUUCAGUACCUUAAUGAAAUCAAGGACUCAGUGGUGGCUGGUUUCCAGUGGGCUUCCAAGGAAGGUCCUCUUUGCGAAGAGAACAUGAGAGGCAUCUGUUUUGAGGUUUGUGAUGUGGUUCUUCACUCUGAUGCGAUCCACAGAGGAGGUGGUCAGGUCAUCCCAACAGCCAGAAGAGUCAUAUACGCUUCCCAGCUCACAGCCAAGCCUAGACUUUUGGAGCCUGUAUACAUGGUUGAGAUCCAGGCACCAGAGGGAGCUCUUGGAGGAAUCUACAGCGUGCUGAAUCAGAAGAGAGGACACGUCUUUGAGGAGAUGCAGAGGCCAGGGACACCACUGUACAACAUCAAGGCGUACCUGCCUGUUGUGGAGUCGUUUGGAUUCUCGGCUCAGCUUAGGGCAGCAACCUCAGGACAGGCAUUCCCGCAGUGUGUUUUUGAUCAUUGGGAAAUGAUGUCGUCUGACCCUCUUGAGCCAGGAACUCAGGCCUCAGUGCUUGUGGCUGAUACCAGGAAGAGGAAGGGUUUGAAGGAACAGAUGACUCCACUCUCUGAUUUCGAAGACAAGCUUUAAGCUUUCAUCAAAACUUUUUGCCCUCUUUCGCUAUGGUUUACUUUUUUUUUUUGACGAUCACUAUGGUUUACUUCUCUAUCUUAUUUUUGUAGUGGAUGCUUAGGUGGUGAGAGUUUAUGUAUCUGUAGAACGCAAAACAAAUAUCCAGUAAUAUGUUUCAUCAUCAUCAUUCGUUACUUUUAUAUUUGAACUUUGUUUAAUAAAAAGUUGUGGACAAUAUUA